AUCUUGAGUGCGGGGAAACAAUGGGAAUUAUGCCGUGCGCGGCGUGGGAUGUAUGCAAAUCGGGACUAAUUCGCACCCCAGUGUUUACUGCACUUUUAACACGUGAGUCGAACAUCGCUGAAUGGGGAUUGAUUAUGAGCCGACUCCUUUCCCUUAUUCAACCUCCUUGAUGACUUGGAUAGGACACUUAAGUGAAAAUAAAGCUAACGACUGUUACGGUUGGUAAAUAUUCCACUCCUGCCAUAUCCUGUUUUGAGGCCGAACAACCUGACAGAAGUCAGAAGCUGGUUUUAGUAAGGGCCCCUGGCGCCUAGUUUCCACAACAUUUGAACUUCGCGGCGUUUUGUUGUCGAGCCCGGGAAGUACCGCGACCUUUAACCUCUGUGACGUAUUCCGACCACCAACCUGCCCCAGCUCGCACGUCCAGCACACAUCUUGACUGCGCGGGAACUUAUCGUAUAAAUAGAGUUUUCCAGUCCGGCUUUCUCAAUCGAGGACUUGCCAUUGUGGACCGUAAUUGUGAACUCUUCAUUUAGAGUUUGUUACGACCUCGUCUGUGGCACAAAACGUAUUACGGACGUACGAAAAUAGGAGGUUUUUUCCCCGCGAGUUCGUCCAGCUGAAAUGUGGGGAGGGGGGUGCCAUGCCUUCCUGCGUAGUUUGUAGUAACUCCCGCAAGAAAGGUUUCAACAUCGGUCCCGUCCCAUUCGACGACGCUGACAGCCUCGAUAAGUUCUGGAUGUGUCGACGGGGCGACAGAAGUAGCUCCAACGGCGCCGCCCUCCCCAGUCUCAUCGGCCGAUCUCGCUGGGCGCCUGGGCUGGUAGUUGUACGGAGUUCAUAUUCUGUGGGUCAAACCCCUCGUACUCCUCAAAGCCCUCAAACUCGUUUACUCCCCCCAAGUCGCCGGAAUCCAUCAUUGGGAGAGUAGCGUGGUGACAAAGCCGUGGUAUAGCGUAUUGGCGUAUUUAGCAGUAUGGAGGUUGGUGGUCGGAAUACGUCACAGAGGUCAAAGGUCGCGGUACUUCCCUGGCUCGACAACAAAACGCCGCGAAGUUCAAAUGUUGUGGAAACGCUAAUCUAUGAUGGACUAACGUAAAACAAGUAGUGUGGCAUCAUGAGUUACAUCAAGAGUCCCACAGACUCCCCGCUGGUGGAAGGAACCUUUGGACAACUGUUGGACGACACGGCAGCGAGCUGGCCAGACACAGUAGCGUAUGUGUUUAAGAAGACUGGCUCAAGGAUCACAUUCGCCGAGAUACAGGAUAAGGCAAACAGGCUGUCAGCAGGACUGAAGGCCAUAGGGACAGAGCGGGGUGACGUAGUAGCCUGGCUCGUUGGUCAUCACCCGGAAUGGAUCUACUUGUAUUUUGCCGUGGCGAAGUUGGGAGCUAUUGUGUUGCCCCUUCAGGCACAUCGUGUCGGUAGGAGCGAUGAAGCAAUGACUUAUUCCCUAAAAAAGGCUGGUGUGAAGGUACUUGUCAUCGGUGACAUAACCGGAGUCGAUCAGACUGACGACACGGUCCCGUACCUGUGCAGUUUGUUUCCUGAAGUUAAAACAGCGAAACCAGGAAAUCUGCAGAUAAAGAGGUUACCAAAGCUGACGAGUAUUAUUGUGCUUGGGGAAACUGCAACAGGAAUUGGUACUUACAGUAUGAAUGAAGUCCUGACGAUGGGAAGCGAUGCGAAGCUAAUUGCAGAGGUGACGGCUCUUCAAGACCAGCUGGACUGUCACGACCCUUUCCAGUUGGUUUUCACGUCGGGCAGUACUGGACAGCCAAAGUGUGUUGAGCACAGCACUUACAGUGUGUUCAACAUGACCCGUUUGGCCAGCAUAAGUCGGCGCAUGUUAACUGAGGCAACAGCACUCUACCCUUACCUGUCAAACCCACUCGCGGUGGCCACUCCUUUGUUCAUUCCGGGGUUUACGCUUGUUAUUCCUGUCAGCACAGCGCCUUCAUCCGUUGAAAUCAUGAAGGCAAUUCAGGAGGAAAGGUGUCAAACGGCGAUGAUUUUGUUCAUGAAGGAUUUUCACGACCUGAUUCAUAAUCGACAGUUGGGUGAAUAUGACCUUUCUUCACUUCAAAUAGUGAAUGUAGUCGGCAACUUCACACCAAAAAGCCUGAUUGAUCAGGCAGCCGACGUCCUGCCAAACGUAAAAAUUAUGGUUGUCUAUUGAAUGAAGGAGCUUCCGGGCGUGUCAGUAGCUACUGAAAACAUGAUUGGGGAGGGGAAAGGAAGCACAGUAGGCAAACUGCUGCCACAUGUGGAGAUGCAGCUUGUAGACAAAGACGGUAAGGUUGUACCGUUAGGACAUGAAGGAGAGAUCUGGCUGAAAGGGUUCAAAUUGUUCAAACGGUACCGUGGAGACGAGGAGAAAACAUCAAAGGCGAUAACACCUGAUGGCUG